CCAGUGGUGGGGGCCAUGUACCGACUCAGUUCCCUGCGCCGCCACUUGGACAGCAAGACCAACCAGUACCCUCGUAGAGACCGUGACAAGCCCAUGGGGCAGGAACUGAGUGCGGCGCGAGGUCCGCGUCCCCCGCCGCAGGAGGCCGAGGGCGGCGGGGCCGGGCCUCGUCUCGAGGACGAGGACGAGCUCCUCUCCCGAUAUUCAUCGAGGAACAGGAUACUCCCUACCCGCCAAGACCGAGAUGACGCCGCUUGUUCAGGGAAGAAGGGCGCGGCGACCCCUACAGAAGGGGUGGUGGGGACAGUCUUCCGGCCCAUCAACGGCACCCCUGCCCCGUCGCUGCAGCCGGCCGCCCCUGCCGUGGCCGCCCCUGCCACGCCCACGCCCAUCACAGCCGCCCCACACCCGCCCGCACCCAACCAGUCCGUGGGUGGUGGCGGAGGAGGCUCCAUAACGUCAUCCCAUAGCGUGAUAUUCCCGCAGAAGGACUCGUCGGGUAGCGGACGGAGCCGCAGCAAGGAGUCCUCAGGCAGCAAGAAGGACUCCCGCGACCCCGGCAAGGACCCCUUCAACUUCAUCAACAUCAAGAGGGACUCGAGCACGCCCGACAUCAGUCUCCACGCCCGGGACUCCAUCCAGUCACGCCCACCCAAGUCCAACUCCAUCAACCCUCUAGUUAUGCCACGCGACAAGCCCGUCGACAAGCCCUUUGAAGUCAAAGAGUUCCUCGAAAAGGCGAAAGAAGAAUUCGAAGAAAAAUGGAAAAGUCCCACAAAGUAUGUGUUAUGCUACAUAAUAAUACCUGCCCGCGUGCUCUUGAUUAUCCAGUGUACAAAAUGUUGUAGCCGAGAUGUAAUACAGUUUUGUUUGUUGCAGGUGGUUAAGUUGAAACAGGUGGAACACACGCUGAACGAGAAGCGCAUAUUGCAAGCCAUCACCUUCCCCUUCCUCGUCUCCUUAGAGUUCCAUUUCAAGGAUAAUUCCAAUUUGUACAUGGUGUUGGAGUACGUGCCGGGUGGCGAGAUGUUCUCUCAUCUCAGAAAGAUUGGCAGGUUUAGUGAGCCUCACUCUCGGUUCUAUGCGGCCCAGAUCGUGCUAGCAUUUGAAUACCUCCACUACCUUGAUCUCAUAUACAGAGAUCUCAAACCAGAGAACCUACUUAUAGACAGCCAAGGAUACCUCAAGGUGACAGACUUUGGGUUUGCCAAGCGAGUCAAGGGACGAACGUGGACGCUGUGUGGAACCCCAGAGUACCUAGCCCCAGAGAUAAUUCUUUCUAAGGGCUACAAUAAGGCAGUGGACUGGUGGGCCUUGGGUGUCUUGGUCUAUGAAAUGGCUGCUGGCUACCCUCCGUUCUUUGCUGACCAACCCAUCCAGAUAUAUGAAAAGAUUGUCUCGGGAAAGGUGCGGUUCCCAGGUCAUUUCUCUUCUGAUUUGAAGGACCUACUAAGGAACCUCCUACAAGUUGAUCUAACUAAGCGGUAUGGAAACUUGAAGAAUGCUGUAAACGACAUUAAGAAUCACAAGUGGUUCGCAUCGACAGAUUGGAUCGCUGUAUAUCAGAGGAAGGUUGAAGCUCCAUUUAUACCUAAAUGCAAAGGACCUGGAGAUACUAGCAACUUUGACGACUAUGAAGAAGAAGCCCUUCGUAUCUCCUCCACAGAAAAAUGUGCCAAGGAGUUUGCCGAGUUUUAGAGGCCUUUUGCAGUGUCUAGAGGCUACUAAGCUGACUCCCUGUGUCUGUGUACAAGUUUAGUACUCCCCUCCAGAGACCCCAGUGCAUGUGCAUUGUUGUAUACAUAAGGCUGUGUGCGCACCAUUAUGUGGGCCACAUAGCCAGGCCUCGGGCAAGCAGUGGGCUAAGCAAAUGCAGCAGGUGCUCAGUUGUGGGAGAUGCUGCCGUGUACUUGGUGGCUCACAUAUGUGCAGACAGUGCCAGAGCCCAGGCUGUGAUGGGCAUGAGUGCCAAGGAUCAGUAUGGUGGUGUGGUAUGAGGUGCCACUGAGUAUGGGCAUCUUUAGUGUCACUUGAAAUCAGCUUGAAAGAAUGUAACAUACAAAUUCUUAUUAAUAUUAACUGUCAACAAGAAACACCUGUCUUAUGAUGUGUGUCAUUUGAUUAAUAUGAGCAAGGUGAUGUCAAGUAACAUUAGAGACUGAUUUGCCUUGUGAAGAAAUGCCACCUCAGGAAGAUGCCAGACAGAGGCUCUCAAGCAAUGGCAGAGUGAGAGAAUGGCGUAAGUCGUGGUGGUGGGAGCAAGUGCCAUUUUUAGCUCAUAAGGUGGCGUGAGUGAAAGGUGUGCCGCUGCUAGCCAGCCACUUGGGGUCCGGGAGCUAACCUAGUCAUGUGGUGAGUGGGGGGUUGACGGACUUGCUGGGAAGAACACCGCUAUACAGGAGACAUACAGGCGGGAUGGAGAGAGAUUUGCGAGUUACUGAUGUGCUUGAAAAAUUAUAUCUUGAAAUGAUAUGUAGAGGAUAGUCUCAUUUUAUAGCUGAGGUGAAAUACAGAUGUGGCAGGAGUAUAAAUAUAUGGAAUGGACAUAGAUUUUGGUGAAUGAAAAGGAACCGAGAGCUAUUUGGAGUGACAGAAUGGAGGUCCUGCAUCCACAGAUUUGAAGGACAGUGCUGCAAAAUUAAAUCAAAACAUAUCCUUGAUCUUAAGUACAGUAAUGCCAAGAUGGAAAUUUUUUAUGGAGUAUCUGCAAGCACAAGGAGAAAGUCUUCAACCCAGGUUAACUCCUCCGUCAGUCUCCUGGAGUCUCCCUAUUGGCCGUCAUCAGAAUCGACUGCAGCUUUGUUUACUACACAUGGUCGAUGCCCCAGAUUAACUAUGCCAAAAUGCAGCCGACUCUCAUCACACACUUUGUAGAUUACAUAGUACACUUAUAUGGGUUCAACAGAGUUUUUAUGAUUUAAUACAUGAAUGACAAGUGGCUAGAUUUCCCCAAGUUGCAUGUAUGUAGGUAUGUAUCAAAGUUAAUAACAUUAAAAAUAUGUCCAUGUGUGCAAAGUUGUAGAAUACUUAUAUGUUUGAUUAGUGUUUCUAUGCGAUUCACAUUGAUGUGAUAAAUUUGAAUGAUGUGUGAUGGCUUCUUUUCAUCCAUUUCAAAAUGAAAACUAGUUAGGCAUGUAAAAAAAAUUAGAUUUUGUGAACUAAUAUUUUCUUUUAACUGCCAGUGGGAAUGAAUGGUUAUUAAUUGCCUAAUUCUGAGAGCAAAUAUUUUUCUUCUCUUCCUCCUUGUGAAGUCUCGAGCUAUAUAAUACUGUACGACUCUGUGAGUCCUAAGGCACACUAUAAAGAAUAUUAUUACUUGUCUAUUUUCUUGCAUUUUAGAGUCUAUUGUAAUGAUUAUCGUUAGUUUCUGUUGUUAUGGUCUGGCGCUCUGUUUAAGUAUCACACUAACCUUAGAGGAUUUCUUUUCAGGAUUUUUCCUAAAGAGCGUCUCAUUUGUUUAUAGUGCAAUAUUUUGAUGAAAGUGAGAGAGAGAUGCCCUGUGUCACUGUACUCUGCAAUGUUACAAGAAUAUGCAGCUCCAAAGUUUUCUGUCUUUAUGUAUAUAUAAACCUCAAAUUACAUCAUUACCAACUUUCUUAAGUAUCAAUUGUACUGAAAACAAGGCACAAUGUAAACUGAACAUUUGCCAAUAGGCAGAAAAUUCACUACAAGAAUUUGUUGGAUCUUACUAGAAAGGGGUAGUAUCUAGCGGUAGACAUUCAGUGUAUUGCCAGCCACAUGGAAACAGUUUUGCCUACAGAAUAUGAACUAGGGAUCUAAUAUUUGUACAGUUAUGAAUUUACAUUCAGUGUGUUUUUAUGCAAAAUGUCAUUUGUCAAGUCAUUGUAUAGAAGAAUAUUGGGUUAUGGAAACAUACCAUUGUAUAUUCAGUUUUUAGAAAUGAUAUUUAUUAAGGAAAGAUGGCCUAUUUUUUUUUUUUAAUCAUUAAAACAGAAACUGCUCAGUGGGCAGUUUUUGUGUGUUAUUAUUGUCAACAUGUUGUGUGUUAGGCACUUAUGUAUACCAUAUUUUUCAUGUGAAUUUUUGUCAUGUGAAAAAUUUUGCAAUGUUCAAUGAACAAGCAAGAACGAUGGAGAUUAGUUCCUUUUUUAUAAUGUGAGGGCCUUUUAACAGAUUAGUCUUGUAUCAUUUUAAUUUGCGUGACUCAAGCUUCUCUAAUUAUGAACCAAGUGCGCUGGGACGUCUUGUUGCAAGUCAAAUAGUUUUGAUUAUAAAAUGGAGUGUCUUCUCAAAUAAUUUAAAAACUACCAAAUAACAUUUUUUUUAUAUAUAUACAAGAUUAUUCUCUUCACAACAUAUAAGAAUUAGUGAUCGAGUUAGUAAUGGAUGAUGUGGACUGAUAGCUGGUUAAGAAAUCCUAAAUAGCCGUGUCUUGAGUGUUAUGUACAGUAAUACAUGGUGCUCUGAACUGCUCUUUGUGAAGAGUUAAACUAAUACCUUCCCCCACACUGACCUGGCUCUACUAAGGCUUUAUCUCUUUAAUGACGGGCAGUGUUGGGGCUGAUGUUGCCAUCAUUUACUGAGUGUAUGCAUCCCAAUUAGAGUAGAAAUAGUCAGAUAUUAACCCUAUCAAUAUUAUUACCAAAUUUUAACAAGCCUCAGAACUGUGAAUUUAAUUACUAUUUCCAAGUAUAGUAUCUUAGAAUAGCAACUUUAUAUCAAAAUUGUGUUGCUAGUCUGAGUUUACAAAAUAAUACCCAAAGCGAAAAUACUGUUUGGUACUUCAUUUAAGAGAAGAUCAAUGUUAAUUUAUCAUAAGCGAGAUACUUCAAGAAAUAUAGAAUGAAUGUUAAGCUUAUAUAAUGCUAAUUCAAGAAUGCAGCAGUGAAAGUAAGAUGAGCACAAAUUAUUUUCCCCCCUUAAAGCAAACUAUAGCCAGGCCUAUGAAUAUUGAUACCCUUACUGGCAUUGAACAGAAUAACAUUUGCUGCAAAACAAAAGCUUGUCAGUUGACCAUAUCAUUUAUGGGUCCUUGGGAUUCUGUUGAAUUUUCAUUUAACAAUAUUUUUAAUCUAAGACAACUUUUUCAAAGCUCAAUUUAAAUGUUUGACCUGUUAAUCAAUUAGGUUUUUGAAGCCGUAAUUGCAGAUUGUACAGUACAGUACCGGUAAAAGAUUGUUGGGGCAUGCAUCAUUUAAACAGCUGGCAAAUAACAGGGCAAGUUUAUGUAACAUGUUUGUCGGGGGAUUCUGGCAAUCUGAAUUGUUUUUGUGCGAGAUUGUACAAAGAAAUUUGUAAAAAUUAGGAUCUACGAAGAAUUUUUUUUUCAAUUGCACUUUUUCCACAAGUUUAUAUUUAAAAUAGGUAUUUUAAUAGUUUAAAACUUUGACUGCUGCAGUCAAAGUUAAAAUUGACAAGUAAUUUGAGCAAUUAGCUGUGGCAGUCAGAGAUUGAUGCACUACAUACAUUCCGCACACUGAGCCACAGAAACAUGGGCAUGUGAAUUUUCUUUCUUGUUACCUAUCACAGUGUUUUCCUUUAAUCACUGUAGAACUGAAUGACGCUCAUUGUGUAACUUGUGAAUUGGAGUGCAGAUAUGGAUACUUAAAAUUUAUUCUCAUAAAUACAGUAAUCGUAAGUAAAUUGUUAUAAGUGAAUUAAUCAUGGGCUUCUUACGUCUUCUUUUAGACUAGUUUGUAAGGCAGAGAGUUACUUUGAAAGACAAAACUCCAUUAGCUCUCGUAGAAAUUCUUACACAUCUGUUAUAAAAUUCACAUUUGCCCAAGCAAGCCUCUGCAAGCUGCGGUGAAAGGGAGUGAUGAUUGUUGAAGAAUUAUGGUAGUGAUGGUCAUUAUGAUGAUUCUUGAACGGAUAAACAAAACAGACUGAUAUGCGUUAGUGGGUUCCUCGAUGUUGACUGUAUGAAUUCCUCCGCUCCCUAAACAAGCGACGUACGCAGGGUCCCCUGUAAGAUGCCACAGAAAUAUCUUCUUUUCAAGGGCUAACUGCUGUAUGAUGUGUGAUUUUAGCAUUGAUUCAUCAUCCCCUAAUGAUUGUUACUAUAUAUAUGAUAUACAUCUCAGAACUGCUAGUAUCUAUUUUUCUUAAUCUCUAAUGUGCAUUAGUAUGUUUGUGUAUGAGUGUGCCCUUAGGAAUAUGUUUAUAUAAAAACUGUGGUUGGGACCUUGUAUAGGAAGCUUAAACCAGACUAUAUCCCAAUUGAGUAUUUAAUCUAUGUUCAGUGUUCAUAGUCCGAUUGCAUUGAGUUCAUAUUUUGUGAUUUGUAGUUGCCAAUUUUGAAUAAGACGUUAAUAAAUGAAACAUGUACUAAGA